CAAGAUAAUGUGUUGUCACAUUACGCCAGGAAUAUUGUCUUGUUGUUAUGAUAUCCAGGCACCAUCUUAUUACCAUGGCAAGAUGGCAAUGAAAGUUUACUAUAUUUUUCCCACAAGGCACUGAAAAUGACCGUGAUUGUACCCCAUUACACAGGCUGCAUUCAUGUUUUCCUGCUACAAGCCCUUAUUUUACUUUCAGAUCAUAUUUUCCCUUGCACCGAAUGCGACAAGACUCAAAUUAAAAUGUGUGAUGCGCCUAAAACCACACAUAAUGUGCUUUUGGUAGGUUAUGCAUCAAACUAUUUGAAUAAUCGCAGCCUGCAAUUUACCACAGGAUUUCCAAGAAGGAAAAAAGCUCAUAUUUUAGCAGUCAAAAUGCUCUGCGUGAAGCUACAGGGAGGUCCUAUUUGCCACAGUCGUGCAUGUAAAACAAGGUCAGAGGAUGUCACCGGCAAAGCUUUAUAUUGAAGGAGGACAGGGGAAGCAUGGAUUUGCUCGCUGAAGAGAGAAAAGCCCAGCUGCGCUUCAUAAGCUUCACGAUUCAGCAGUAUGAAAAUCAAGGCACUGAUUCUCUUCAUGUCUGCGAUGAUCUGCCAGUCCACAGCUUCGAGAGCACCGUUCACCGACAUGGACGCAUCCGAGCCCGUUCCAGACUCCAAGCAGCGCUUUCUCUCCAUGCAGCGAAGGCAGUUCGACGAGCCCAGCACUUCGGACGACGCAAGCCUUUGCUUUUUCUUCCAAGAAAAAGACGAGUCGAGUCACAUCUCCUGCAAGCAUCGGUUAACGCGCAGCAAGUUCAACUACAACCCGUUCGGGCUGCGCUUUGGGAAGAGAAGCGACGCAGCGGCCGCGGACACGGACGGACCCAAACACAAGCACCUGCUGCCAAUCAUGCUUUACCUGAGGAAACAAUUAGAAACUUCUUGAAAGUCGCUCUUCUGUCAGGCGGAAGGAUGCUUGGUUGAAAACUGGGGGUAAUUAUUUCAGGCGCGCUUUGCCUGUUAUUAUGCUUUUUUUUUCAGUUUUAUGGCGCACUUGUUUCACUGAGUUGCUGUAUUUGUGCAAUAAACGUUUUAUA